AUGGGAGUGAACGGCAGGGUUUGCAUUACUUAUCUCAAUAUAUCUUUUCUUUCUUCUCCUGUUCUGUUUCAGGUUACCUGUGCAAAUUUAACAAAUGGAGGAAAAACAGAACUUCUAAAAUCAGGAAGCUCCAAAUCCACACUAAAGCACAUAUGGACAGAAAGUAGCAAAGACUUGUCCAUUAGCCGACUGCUGUCACAGACUUUUCGUGGAAAGGAAAAUGAUACAGAUUUGGACCUACGAUAUGAUGCCCCAGAAACUUAUUCUGAGCAAGAUCUCUGGGACUGGCUGAGGAACUCCACAGAUCUGCAAGAGCCUCGGCCCAGAGCAAAGAGACGGCCCAUCGUCAAGACUGGGAAAUUUAAGAAAAUGUUCGGCUGGGGAGAUUUUCAUUCCAACAUCAAGACUGUGAAGUUAAAUCUGUUAAUAACAGGGAAAAUCGUUGACCAUGGCAAUGGGACGUUUAGUGUUUACUUCAGGCAUAACUCCACUGGUCAAGGGAAUGUAUCUGUGAGCCUAGUACCCCCUACAAAAAUAGUGGAAUUUGACUUGGCACAACAGACGGUGAUUGAUGCCAAAGAUUCCAAGUCCUUUAACUGUCGAAUCGAGUAUGAAAAAGUUGACAAGGCUACCAAGAACACACUCUGCAACUAUGACCCUUCAAAAACGUGUUAUCAGGAGCAGACCCAGAGCCAUGUGUCAUGGCUUUGCUCCAAGCCCUUUAAAGUAAUCUGUAUUUACAUUUCCUUUUAUAGUACAGAUUAUAAACUAGUACAGAAGGUGUGUCCUGAUUACAACUACCACAGUGACACACCCUACUUCCCAUCAGGGUGAGGACCAACUCGUGUCUGAGACUGAAGCCUGGGGAAUAAAAGUGGUCGUAUGGCAGGGCUGUAACCUCAAGGAGGAAGGCCACAUCUAUUGCCUGGAAUGUGUCUACCUGCUGCUGCUGAUGUCAAAUGGCUGCAAAUAUGUUAGUGGAAAACAAUCUUAUGUAAUUUUUGCCCAGUCAGCUCCAUGUAUCAAUCUAGGUGUAAAUCACUAUGGAUUUGAAAUAAAACCAUACACAUACACAGAGACACACACUUUCCAGCUCACAUUAUUGAGAUUCCUGUUAAGAAAGCUUUCAUUGUCUGAUAUCCAAGGUUUCAGAAUAACCUAUCGUCAAGUAAAAUGGAUUAACUAGACAGAGCAAGGUUUCUAACACAGACUGUUAUGGAAAUCUCCCUGAAAGUCCCUAAAGUACACACCAAUCGAUAAUCCUCACUCAUGCAUUCUACUGCUUGGAGUAGCUCUACUGGUAAAUAAUACUGUAGGAGUAAAUACUUGUUAAAAUGGGAAAAAUGUGUGUCUAGAGUUCAGUAUUCCUUACUAUAUGAACACAGCAAAGCGUCAUGACUUUUUUUCCAGCAUACAGUAGGCACAUUCGAGGUGGUGUUAAGUGGCUCUUUUUCCAUGGAGCGAGCCUGUUUCUAGUAAAGAUGGGCAAACAUUUGGAAUUUACAUGUGAGCAGACAUUCUGGUUUCAUGUUUCUCUGAGUCUCUAAACUCUGAUUCUUUAAACUUGGUUGAGUUUAGGCCAGCUAAACUACUUAAAAACUGCAGCUGAUCUUUAAGAAGGAAAAUGCCUGGAGGAGAACAUGUAAGUUAUAAGUGGCUGUCUUAUCUUUAUUACAAAAUAUUGUAACAAAUUCAAUAUCUUAGUCUUCAUUUGUAUGAAUGGUUUGUAUUGUACAUAAUUUAACCAGUGUUAUUUGAGCUGCUUAUUAAUAUUAACUUGUAAUUGUCUCUCUGCUUGUUAUUGGUUAAAAACAAUCAAGGAAAUGAGGAAUCCAUUUUAUUAAUGUAGCUGUAAACUCCAUUAAAAGACAGAACUAUGUACAAAGCAUUUAUUCAGCUAAAGUAUUGUUGAAAGCUAUACAUAUACAACAUUACAGUCUGUCUGUAUUUAGAUAUUUUAUUUCCAGAGAAAAAAAUGAACUGUACAUAAAAAUAAAAAAUCUUAAAGUUGAGUUUCAAUA